UGCUGGUUUUUAUUUAGAAACAAGAGCCAAGCGGGUGUCCCUCUCUAAACUUACUUUAUGAGAGCAGAGAUAAAGACAAGCAAUAAGGAACAAACGAGCGGUUACUGAUUACCUCCGGUAGACUUUAAGCUCGUCCUUCCGACGGAGAAGAAAGUGGCACAGGGAAGAUAUCGGAAUAAUUAAAGCCUCAAAAAAGACUUCAUCGUUCCUCUUCAAACCACCCAAAUCUGACAAUGAGUGACAACGAGGAGGACAAUGAGAUCUCCUUUGCAGUAAAGCUGCUAGGGAGGGUGGAGGUGCUUCGGUCGGAUGGCAUUCAGGUCCUGGCGGAGGCCGUGGAGAGUGUAAAGAACUCAGAUAAAGACUCUGUGGAGAAAGUGCAGAAGAAGAACAAGGUGCAUCUGUUUCUGUCCUCUAGCGGGAUAGACAUCCUGGAGAAGAAAACCAAAUAUAUGCUGUACACCUGCCCAAUCUCCACUGUCUCCUUCUGUGGCGUCCUCCCCGCCACUCCCAAAGUCUUUGGCUUCGUGGCCAAACACCCGGCCUCAGACAUGUACCACUGCUACCUGUUCCAAAGCCAGAAGUUUUCCCACACUCUGGUGUCGUUGAUCGGCGAUGCGUUUCGAGUGGGGAAGAAAGAGGAGAAUGUCAGGGGCCAGCGAGACUUGAUUGUGGAGGCCCUCAGACACAAGAACAAAGUCCUGCAGCGAGAGAAUUCUGAACUGAGACAGAGGUUGGAAGAAAAGUAAAAGAGCUGUGGAAUCUCCCCAAAGAAAAUGCUGAAAACAAUACCACAUCACCAUGGAUAAAGAAUAAUUAGAAGCUUUCCAGUAUUUUGAGUUGAAAUAAAAGUUAUAAUGUUUUGUUAUUUCAAUUAAAAAUUAUUACUGUUA